AUGGCUCCUCUGCCACUACGUGCGCAGCUCUUCGUCACGACGUCUUCCACAAAGCGUCGCAAAGUUUCCCCGGAGCCUCAGAGCAGCCCAGGAGAGGCACGACGUCACGGCCAAUCCCAGCCGUCGCCCACACCCAACUUGCCACCUCACCGGACAUCUCGCUCCACUUCCUCCCGGAGUCCAAGUGCAUCCUCACUGCCUCCAUACGUUCCUGCCCACCUUCAAUCACAAACCCGUGGGCCCCGAUCACAAUCUGGUGGCCGUUCGCCAACCCCCGCGACCGCCACCGCCGACCUAACCCUGUCCUCCGAACAUUCCGAUAUGCAAUCUGAGCCUCGUGACGGCACCACCGCAAAUGGCGAUGGCCGUGAGCCUUCUCCUGGCGAGAAGCGCCCUGCCUCCGAAAUUGAAGAUUCCGACCUCGACCUCGAGGGCGGCGUGAGCACAGUGGACAAGGGCGCCUCCAACUCGAUCGAUCAUCAGGUGGCCCAGAUCAACGCGCUGGUCGAGAAGCCCCUGGUAAACGGCCAAAAGGGUUUUGUGAUCUCCUCCGCUUGGCUGCAAAGGCUUUUUGCGCGCAGUUCCACCCAUGCCGACAGGGCAGACAAGGAGGCCUUGGACAGCGAGCUGGGCCCGCUCGACAACACGGACAUUGUCCUCGAUAUCGGCCCCAAGGAUGACCUGAGGGAUGAACAAGGCGAUGUUUAUGUGCCGGUGCGACCGGGUCUACAACUUGGAGAAGAUUACGAAAUUGCCCCGCAGGAGGCCUGGGAUCUGCUCAAGACGUGGUACGGCAUCGCUGAUGGGACGCCUACCAUUACUCGUUAUGCCCACGAAACCAACCCGGACGGAAUCUCGAAUAUCAUAUAUGAGCUUAACCCCCCAAUUAUCACUAUCUUCAAAUUGUCCCACCCGGGUACGGGAAUGACCCCCAAGAUUUUGAAGGAGAAGAAUCUUCCCCCAACCAAGGUUUUGACUGGCCGUCAGACGAACUUCAUGAAGUGGUUGAAGCAGGCCAAGCAGCUGGCCGGGAUUGACAUGGCAACCAAAGUCCGUGUAUGGAAGAUUGCCGGUGGCAUCCCCAGUGCCAAUGUGUCGACCGUGAAUACCCCAGCUCCCUCCCGUACCGUGUCGCCUGCACCCCCGGCGGGCCUCAUGACUUCCUUGCACAAGAACCUUGUCGUUGAUCUUAACACAUUCAUAUCGAUCUCCGAUGACCAACGCCAGCUGCUGGAUAUCAAAGAUCAGACGAACAAUGAUAACUACAAUGGCCGCAUGACAGUGUCCAUGGCCGAACUUCUCCCGACUGACACUGUCGUUCUUGAGGAAGGAGUGGGCAAGGAUGAAUGGGUAUCAGAAGUCUCUGCAAAGACUUUGAAACGCUUGGGAAUCCCCACUGAGCAGCCAAAGAGAGAACUUACCUCAUCGCCUGCAGUUCUGUCCAUCAAAACCCCCGCGCCGAGUGGUCGGUCAACUCCAGUUGAUAAACUGCCAAGGGGAAGAAAGCCCAAGGGUCACCAGUUGGGUCGCACUGGUCUUACCAAUUUGGGGAAUACUUGCUACAUGAAUGCUGCCACUCAAUGUAUCCGCGCAGUGGAAGAAUUGAGUAUCUAUUUCCUGGAGGGUGGGCACAAAAAGGAGCUCAAUGCCGACAAUCCCUUGGGAUACAGAGGUGAUCUCGCGAGGGCUUAUGCGCACCUAGUAAAUCAAAUUUACAGUGAGCCUGCCUCUCAUUCUUUCACUCCCAGUCGCUUUAGGAACCAGGUUGGUCGGAAUAACCCCAUGAUGGCCGGUUGGGAUCAGCAUGACAGCCAGGAGUUCCUGAUGUUUGCACUGGACGGACUUUCCGAGGAUCUUAACCGGGUCCUGAAAAAGCCCUACAUCGAGAAGCCGGAUUCCACGGACGAGAUGGUCCACAAUCGCAAGGCGCUAGAGGCAUUUGGAAAGGAAUCGUGGGAGAUUUACAAAGCCCGGAAUGACUCCGUGAUCACGGAUUUGUUUGCGGGAAUGUACAAAUCUACCCUAGUCUGCCCUGAAUGCGACAAAGUCAGCAUCAUGUUCGACCCAUUCAGCAGUUUCACACUGCCCAUCCCUGAUGAGCGAAACAUUAUUUGUCGCGAUGUUAUUUUCAUGGGCCUUAACUCCGCUCCCGUGCGAUUCACUAUCGAGGUCAACAAUUCUGCUGCCGUCAAAAAUUUCAUUGAAUCGGUUGCCAAAAGGACAGGGGUUGCCCCAGAGAGGCUUAUCGGUGCUGAACUGAACAACCACGGUUUCUGGCAGUUCUUCAAUAAAGAGCUUCAGUCUUACCACGAGCUUCGCCUCAAGGGCGAAGACACAGUUUUGUUCAUAGAGUUGGAACAUGCUGCUUCAGAAGAUCGCAUCCUCGUCCCCGUGUUUCACCGCAAAACCCAGAAGGGCAACAAGAACCGCCCACGGCAUGAACAAUUCGCAUUCCCUACCAUUCUCUCGUUCAACAGAGAUGAAACUCGAGACUUGGCUGCAAUUAACCGCAAGCUCUUGCAGUCUAUUUCUACAUUGACAACCCGCGAUAUCUUGAAUGAACAGAGCGUGGCAACUCAAGAGCAGCCACAACCCGUUCACGAUGAGCAGGGUGCCGAAGACUCUGACACUGUGGUGAUGAAUGAAGAUGAUGCGGAGUCUGUUGAUUCCAAAAUCAAGACCUCGUCGGUUGAAGGAGAUGACAGCAUUGUUGACGUCUCGAUGCACGAUGCCUCGCAGACGCCCAGUUCCUCCUCCACUGGGAACACCGAGCUUACCGAGGAUACCCCUUGUGACGCCCCUGCCUCGUCUCUGUCUGAGCGCCUUUUGAGUCUCUUCGGUAUCAAGUUUAUGACCACCGGUGAGCCCAUUCCUCGGGGCCGAUCAAUUGACAACUACAAGGACUAUCCUCUGAUCACUUCCCGGGUCACAUCUUCCAUCUCGGAAAGUAGCUCUGGUGAUGAAAACAGCGAAGUUCGCAGCGUGUCUGACCAAUCUGAGGACUCGGCCACCGGAUUGCAAAAUGAGCCGCUUAUUCGCCGUACCGAUGCCAUCAUUGUCGACUGGAGUGAUGAAGCCCGCCACGCCCUGUUUGGCGGUCUUGGCAACAAGCGCAACACCAAGCAAGGAAAACCCACUUACACCACUCCCGAAUACAUUAAUGACCCACAAAUUAUCCACCGUCGUGCCCAGCGCGAGGCCAAGCGCCAGGAGGGUAUUCCACUGGAGCAAUGCCUGAAGGAAUUUAGCAAGGAGGAGAUUCUUUCUGAGAACGAUGCCUGGUACUGCCCUCGUUGCAAGGAACACAGACAGGCGAGCAAGAAAUUCGAUCUGUGGUACGCCCCAGACAUUCUUGUCAUUCACCUCAAGCGUUUUAUGCAAGUUGGGACCGCCAAUCGGACCUCUCGAUCGAAGCUUAGCACCUUGGUUCAUUUCCCCCUUGAGAACUUGGACCUGUCGAAGCAUGUAACAGGACCGACUGAUGGAAAGUCGCUCGAAUAUGACCUUUUCGCUGUCGACUGUCACUCCGGCACCAUGUCUGGUGGUCACUACUUUGCCUAUGCUAAGAACUGGGUGACUGGUGAUUGGGUUUCCUUUAACGAUUCAUCUGCUACUGUUGUCUCCAACCCCGAGCAGACAGUCAUAUGCCCUGCGGCCUACCUCUUGUUCUACCGCCGCAAGUCUGCCGGCCCCCUGGGUAAUGCUGAGCUCCAAAAAAUGGUGAAUGAAUACCGCAAUGGUUCCCAAAAGGCCGUCGAGGUUGAGAUGGAAGAGCCGCGGGAAGAGGAAUCCGAGCGGGAAUUAUCGGAGCCUGAAAGCAACCCAUUGAACAUCUUCAGCAGCGAACCUUCUUGGUCAUUUUCCCGGCCAGGGGAUUCUGCUGAUAACGACCAUGUCGAAGAUUUGUUCGGAGAAGACAAUGACAGCAACAUUGCUGUCGAGGAUGGUAACUCCGAACCCGAAGACCGUCUUCAGGAACUGGACGAUGAGGACCAUACAACCUUUGAGGAUGUCCCCGCUCUUGCGGAUGACUCUGACGAAGAGAUGCCUGUCGUUGAGCUCCGUGUAGGCGAAGACUAA